AUGACUUUUGAACCGGGCGACGACAAAUUGCGGAGGCGAGCCAGCGUCGUGAUUCCGCGCUUGGAUAAAACGGAGAGGCGCUUCUUCGAGCUCGUCGACCACGGAUCUGUGGCACGCGUGAGCCAAUUCCUCGCCGACAACGCCGGCUUCAACGUCAACAUCACCGACUUUCAGGGUUUCACGGCGCUGCACAUCGCGGUCCACAACAGAGACACCGCGAUGGUGGAGUAUCUCUUGUCCUCGCCAGACAUCGACCCGGGAGACGCUCACCUGCACGCGAUCGUGAUCAACGAUCAGAAAAUAGUCGCGCUGAUAUUGAAUAAAUUAAAUAAAUUAACGAAGGGUCUGGAGCACGUGGGAGUCACGCAAAGCGCCGAUUUCCCGGACAACGCGACUCCUCUGCUGGUGGCUGCACGGUGCGGUCAUUUCGAGAUGAUAGAGUACCUCCUGAAGAGACACCACAGCAUCUCGAAGCCGCAUCCGUCGAACUGCAAAUGCGAGGACUGCGCGUACGGACCUUUAUCGUCAUCGUUCGACCGAACAAUGCUCGAAGCAACAGAAUAUCUGACUUCUGUACCGGAACGGACGAGAUUCGAUUGGCUGACGAUCGAGAAAAUGCGAUUAUUCACGUACAGCGCGAUCACGAACCCGGCGUACAUCUGCCAGACGGUCGACGACCCAAUUCUCGAAGCGUUCAAUAUAUCUUACGAGCUGAAAGAAGCGGCCAAUUCGAACAAAGAAUUCCAUCACGAAUACAAAGGGCUCGCCAAGAGCGUCUCCGAAUUCGCGACCAAACUGAUCGACUGCGCGCGAACGAUCGACGAGGUGGAGAUCAUUUUGAAACAGUCGACGGGAUUCGCCGUCUCGGCGAAAUUCGACUUCCCUCGUCUGCUGUUCGCCCUGCACCACAGACAGAGGAGUUUCGUCGCUCAUCCGAACGUACAGCAGCUGGUGAAAAGCAAAUGGAUCGAAGACUGGUACGCGUGGAAGGUGAUGAGCAACUGGUCGAAGCUGGUGCACAUACUGCUGCGUAUCUUCUUCUUGCCGGUGAUCCUCGUGAUCGUGCUGUUCCUGCCGAACUCGAAGAUCUCGAAGUUCGUCCAGUCACCGGUUAAUAAGUUCGUCUCGUCGAUCGCGAGCUACUUGUUGUUCCUGUUCGUGGUAUUCCUGCAAUCGCACACCGACAAGACCCAACAGCUUCGCGGGCCGCCUAACACCGUCUACGUUUGGUUCCUGGCGAUUUACAUCCUCUCGUAUACCUGGGCGGCGAUUCGUCUCUGUCUGAUCCACGGACCGAGACGGUUCUUCUCCAAGUAUUGGUACUGGUUCGAAACGGUGAUGUUGUUCCUCUUCGUUCUGACCUUCCUCUACUGGAUCACCGCCGCCAUAGACGUGAAUAGAAACGGACAGCUCGAAUUGGAGAGAAAGUAUUGGAACAUGUUCGAUCCCACGCUAAUCGCCGAAGGAAUUUUCUGCCUGGCGACGAUAAUGGCUUAUUUAAAGUUGCUGUACUUUUGCCUGCUCGACUACCAUCUGGGUCCUUUGCAGCUCUCUUUAGGGAAAAUGAUCUACGACGUCCUCAAGUUCGCCGCUCUCUACUCGAUCAUUUUGAUCGCCUUCACCGUUGGAACGUGCAAGCUUUACCAGUAUUACGACGGAAUGGUGCAGAUCGACGACGAAUCGAAGAUCAAGACGCAACAAGUGAGCUCGUUCGUCGGUCUUAUGGCCGCUCUGAAGACCUUCUUCUGGGCGUUCUUCUGCAUGAGUCCGAUGGAAAGCGCGGACGUGAUAAUUGAGAAUCUUCCGGGGGAAUCGAAAUACGAGAGCGUCAUUAAUCAUCACUCGUUCACCGAACUGAUCGGCUACAUAGCGUUCGCCGGUAAUGUUCCAUCC